CCUGUUCUCUCCGCAGUGACUUCGCCUUGCAAUCUGUCACCCUUACUUGCAGACAUACCACUUCGGGAGCACAGUUUCUGCUGCGGAAAUGUCUGCUUCUUGUUGUCUCGAGGUUCAUCAACAUGCCUAAAUACGUGCGGCGUGCACCACUACUCGAACGACUCAAAGCCGAUCUCAACCCUUACGACUUCCUUCUGUGGCUUUCUGAGGAGAUCGAGUCCAAUGGCUGGGAUCAGCUGGAGAAAGAAUGGGCUACACCGAUCGGCAUUGUGCUGAAUUUGAUUUUCCUAGUCGCCAGGGCAAAUUCGAAGAGCACUUCUCGCAGCUAUGACGAUGUCUUUGGAGAUGUUCCACGAAUUGCAUGGACAUCAUGGCUGGCUUCCUUCAUAGUCCACUUCCUGACGUUGGUGUGCAUCGUGAAUGCCGCUUACACCUUCUGGCGGAAGAAACACUACCGGCUCUUCGAGAACUCCGUCGACGAUGUUCCUAGCACUCCAUCCGCCAAACGUGUCCGUUUCGAUUCCUCCCCAGUAUCAUCUUCGCCGUUACGGUUCCUCUCGAACAUCCUUGGAACAGAAACAGCGCAAUCCAGGGCACAUCCUGAUCCUACAAGAGACGUAUGGGAGGUGGCUGUUUGGGAUCCUCUACCAGUGUCGCUGCGACUGUUUUGCUAUUUCAGCCCUGGCCAUGUUCUCAUAUACUGGCUGUUUCUUCCGACCCUGUCUGCCGAUCCUCGACCGAGCGUCACAGUUGCAACGGCAAUGUUCCUGGCCUUCCUUUUCUCCUUGCAGCUCACAUUCCUACAAUCGAGCUAUUCCACUCAGACCAAGGAUACAGCGUUUAUCUCGAAAGAGGUUCUGCAUGAGUAUGACACGAAAUAUGUCAGACCAAGAACACAACCUGUUUACAGAGAUGUGGGAACACAAUUCAGUGAGCAGGCAUCUUACACGGCUGCCCGCGAUGAGCAAUACAACAAGGUCGAAGUCUACACUCCGAUGGUUGUCAUUAACCGUGGCUUUCACACCAAUUCCAAUCCAAAUUAUACGAAGUACACGGAUCCUGAAGGUGCAACAUCAACUUCAGGCCAACUUCGACAUCGCUUGACUACACCGGAUACUAGGACACCAAUGCACAACUCUCAAGCCGCACCGGCUACGAGACCAUUGACAGCUAUGCGUCAACCGAACUUUCGACCUCCAUCCUCGAGUGGUGAUGGUGGUAGUCUUGGAGUCUACUCGCAUGCUGCAUCACCCCUCAGAAAGAGUGCAUCUACCAAUUUUGCUCGUGACCGGGUCACUCAAAGUCCGGAAAAGAGGCCGGCGAGUCCGGAGAAACGCAUGAGUGUGCCUGCUGGAGGAUUAAAUACACUUGCUGCAUCUCAACGAUGGGGUCACUUGAAGCCUGACAGUCAUCGAAGAGAGACGGGUCGGUUUUAGCUACUGUAUCAGAGAACAUCUGCCUUUUGGCGCCUAGUUGCCCGGCUUCAUGCAUCUUGUCUGCUUCCUUCUCAAAUCUUGGGUCUCGAUCGUGCCUUCCUGAACUCUGGCCAGGGCCCAGACUUUAUGUCAAGAUGCAGUCCAAGCUUCCGAAAUACCAGAAACUCGUGGGGCGUUGUCCUCACCACCAGACGUGCAUGCACAGACCAGUAUAUGCCACCACCUUAGCACAUAUCACAGCA